AUGAAAGCAUUCUCCGUUCUUGGUCUAAUUUCCCUUCUCGGGUUAGUCUCCUCAUGGAAAAUCGCGAAUCUCGAUAGAUCAAUUGACAUCGCAUCGCAAGUCGUCAAAGUCUCCACACUUUACACCUUCGAAAAUGACGGGACCUCAGCCGAAAAGCAAGUAAAAAUUGCAUUUUCUCAAGAAGAAGCCGAUCAUUUAUCGUUUAUUGCCGCUACAAUUGAAGGAAAUAAGGGGAAAUUAAAGAUUUCCAAGGUUGCAGCUAAAAAUGCGAAUUUUGUGGAAUAUGCGAUUGAUUUGGCUUCACCAAUCACAACUGGACAUCAGAUCAAAAUCCGUGUAAAUUCAAGAUUCUCCCAUGCUUUAACCCCACUUCCAGCCAAAAUUCAACAAUCUGAAAGUCAAUUUGUUGUUUAUCAAGGAAGCGCAUAUGCACCAGCCGCUUAUCAAGUCGCCACUCAAAAAACGACUAUCAAAACAGCGCAAGGUGGUAAAACCCUAUCAGCCACAAAUAUUGUGCCAACAAAACAAGAGACUGAACGAGUUAUCUAUGGACCAUACGCGAAUAUUGCGGCUUUUGAGAGCAAAGAGAUUCGUGUGCAUUAUGAGAAUAAUUUCCCAUUUGUUGUUGCGACUUUGGUUGAGAGAACUAUUGAGGUUUCGCAUUGGGGAAAUGUUGCGGUUGAGGAAUAUAUUGAAUUGGUUCAUCAAGGAGCUGAAUUGGAGGUAACAUUUUGAAAAUCUCAGUUUUGGAAGAUGAAAAAUCUCUUCAGGAUCCAGAUUUUCAUGAAAAAUCUAGUUUUCAAAGUCCUGUAGCUGGAAAAUUGCUCCAGAAGCUAAAUUUUCAUGGGAAUUUCAAGUUUUUGAGUCCUGACACGAUUCAGAACAGUAAAAUCAAUUCUAGACCCAAAUUUUGAUGUGAAUCCAGAUUUUCUGAGUCCUGGAAUAUUAAUAAUUUCUUCAGAACUCAAAUUUUCAUGUAAAAUCUAAUUUUUUGUGUCCUGGUGCUAAAAUUUCGCUUCAGGACCCAAAUUUUUAUUUUUUAAAAUCAAGUUUUCAAGGUCCUAUAGCUGAAAAAUUGCUCCCGACCCUAAAUUUUGAUUUAAAAAUCUAGUUUUCAAGGUCUUAGACCUGUGACAUUGCUCCAGAACCAAAAUUUACAUGGAAAUUUCCAGUUUGAAUCUGGAAAUCGCUUCCCGGCCCUAGAUUUUGAUGAAAAAUCGACCGUUCAAAUUCGUAAACUGAGAAAGUCAGUUUUGAGUCUGUAAAAGUGUUUCAGAACCUGGGAUUUUCAUGAAAAUUUCAAGUUUUCCUGGUCUCACGCCGAUUUUUCAUCAGAAAAGCACUAGAGGACUUAAAUUUUCAUGAGAAUUUUGAAUUUUUGGAUCCUGCACUUUCUCUAGAUCCUAGAUUUUGAUGAGAAAUCUAGUUUUCAAGGUCUUAAUUCAAGAAAAUCGCUCCAGAAUCCAAAUUUUGAUGGAACAAACAGUUUUUGGGUUCUUUUUAUCAGAAAAUUAUAUAUUUCAAUUAAAAAAUUUGGUCCGUGAAAUUUUGCUAUUUCUUCGGUUCUAGUGUAAAAUGUAUGAGAAUCUGAAAUCCCCCUUACAAAAAAUCGUCUGAAAAUUUCAGGAAUUCUGAAAAGAAAUUCUCUGAAAAUUUCAACUCCCCCCCCCCACCUCACAAAAAAUCCUCCAUAAAUUACACUGUAAUUAUUACAGGGUUCGUUCUCUCGCAUCGAUUAUCAAAUGGAUCGCCGUGGCCGCAAUCAACCAGCUCUCCAACACUUCACAACAAUCCUCCCAUCAACAGCUCGUGACAUCUAUUAUCGCGACGAAAUCGGCAAUAUCUCCACAUCAGCCGUCCGAAUUCGUGCACAAUCUGUCGAUGUUGAGAUUCGCCCGCGAUUCCCGUUAUUUGGUGGAUGGAAAACAUCGUAUGUGAUUGGAUAUAAUGUGCCGACUGAAGAGUUUUUGUACAAUUCGGGUAAUCAAUAUGCGCUCAAAAUGAAGCUAUUCGAUCAUGUUUUUGAUAAUAUUGUUGUCGAUAAACUUGUCACCAAGGUUGUUUUGCCAGAACAUGUUAAGUGAGUUUUUCCGGGGAAAAUUGUGAUCCAAAAUUCGGAAAAAAUAAGCUUCUGAAGUCGGAUUUAGGCUAAAAAAAUCGAGAAAAAUUGUGCUGGGACUAAAAAUUAGGUCUAGAGUUCAAAUUCAGCCAAAAAUGGUUCUUUUGGCUGAAAAUUCACAAAUUUUAGCUAACUUUUUUCAACGCACGUUAAUAUUGAAAACGAAACAAAUGAAAAAUUAUUAUCAAAUUUUUGAACCCUAAAAAAUACUGGAUUUUUGAAGAGAAAUGAAAAUGAGGCAAAUUUUGCUCAAAAACUUUUCGAAAUAUGUUUCAGAGCUCAAAUUAUAGCUCAGAAGCUUUUAAACUUGCUCCUAGGCUUAAAAAUAAUUCCAGAAGUUCAAAUUUCGGCUCAAAGCUACCCAAGGAGCUUACAUUUAGAUCAAAAUGCUCUAAAAAUGUUCGUGAGCUCAAAAAUUACCCCAGAAGCUUCCAAAUUGCUUCAAAACCCCUAAAUUUUUCCAGAAAAGUCAAAAUCUCGACCCCAUACGCCGUAAAUCGUAAACCCGACGAACUUCGCCCAACUUAUUUGGAUACAAUUGGUCGCCUUGUUAUUGUUGUCGAAAAAGAGAAUGUUGUGACAGAUCACAGUCAAUUCUUCACAGUCUCCUAUGAAUUCGAAUUCAAUGAUUUGAUUCGUGAACCACUUUUGGCCUCAUUCUUCUUCUUGGCAUUGUUUGGAGUUGUUAUUAUUUAUGGACGAUUUGAUUUUACGAUUGUUGAGGUGCGAACAUGGGAAAAAUACGAUUUUUGAAGCCAGGGCUGUUUUUGCUCUGAAAAUUGCAUUUUGAAGGAUUUUUCAGUCAAAAUUUGAGAUUUAGAGCUAAUUUUCGAAUUUUGUGAGCCUAGAACCUGAAUUUUUGGGCUCUAGAACUUUUUUUGAGGCUAGAACUAGAGUUUGGAAGCUGUGCACUAACAUUAAGCCAAAAUUUGAGCUCCAGAAUCAAUUUUCAAGGUUUGGAGCAUUUUAUGAGCCCAGAACUAUAAUUUUUGGGUUCUAGAGCAUUUCCUAAUUAAUUUUGUCAGUUUUCAGGACCCAGAACGUGAAGCCGAAGAACGUCAUCAAGAAUUGCUCGAAAAACUCGCCAACUUUGUCGAACAAAAACAAUCAGCCUAUGGUGCUCUUCUUCAAGCCGCCGCUGAUUUCAAAUCUGAAAAGAGAUGAAGCUGUUUUGAGUGCUGGAAAACAACAUUUGACAAAUUCGAGAAAUCAAAUCAAUAACAAAUUGGGAGAAGAAGUUGAACAAGUCAAGAAAUUGAUCUCGGCUGCUGCUGCGGAAAAGGUUGGUUUGAAAAUCAAAAAAAAAAAAAUGAAAUUUUGACUUAAGGGGUACUUUUUAAGCUUUAGAGCUUUUUUGAGCUGAAAUUCCAGCUCCUGAGAUCAUUUUUGUGCUCUGGAACCUUAUUUUUCAAUUUUGAGCUUAGGAGCAUUUUUUCGAAACGACUUUGAGCAAAAUUUGCCUCAUUUUCAUUUCUGUUCAAAAAUCCAGUAUUUUUUAGGUUUCAAAAAUUCGAUAAUAGUUUUCCAUUUGUUUUGCUUUUAAUAAAAAUGUCCUCCGAUAUCCGAAAAAUUGAGCUAAAAAUCCUAAUCUCAUUAUUUUUUUCCAGGCCUCCGAACUCGCUAAAUACGACAAAAACGUGUUCGACUUGGUCGACAACUAUUUGAAAGCCGUUGAAAAAAGCACAUCGAAAACUGGCGGAGCUGAUGAGCAACAAUUUGUUCAAAAAAUUGCCGAUGCUCGAGCUCGUGCUGAUGCGAUUUUGUCCGGAAUUUAA